ACAAGGGGCGGGUUGAAUCGUGAAUAUCCACAGCGUCUAUCCACGGCCAGAGUAGCAGAGGUAUUCCAGGCCUCUUGAACAACUGUCGUGCUGGGACCUUCCAGAAGCGGCCGGUGAACAGAUCUGUGAAGGAUUCCCUUCCCUCCUCUCCUCUGCGAGUUAACGACACGACAUGGGAGGGACGGUGUCUGUGGACGAGGGGGUCCACGUUGUGGUGGUCGGUGGUGGAUUUGGAGGGAUUGCAGCAGGGAACCAGCUGAAGUCGUACAAGAUUCCAUUCACGCUGAUUGAUGUGAAGGAUGCCUUCCAUCACAAUCCAGGAGCCCUCCGCGCCUCAGUGGAAAGUGGAUUUGCAAAGAAAACAUUCAUUCCGUUCAAAGAGACGUUUGGAGAGAACUUCAAGCAAGGCCGUGUCAUUGAUAUUGAGUUGGAAGAACAAGCAGUCGUUUUGGAGAGUGGAGAGGUCGUACAUUUUUCACACCUCAUCCUGGGAACUGGUAGCUCUGGCCCAUUCCCUGGGAAAUUUGAUGAACCAGUCACAAUGGAGACUGCCAUCCAGAUGUACGAAGAUCUCGUAGAAAAGAUACGGGCGGCUCCAAGAAUCGUCGUGGUUGGUGGUGGAUCGGCAGGAGUAGAAAUGGCAGCAGAAGUCAUAACCGAUUAUCCUGCCAAAGAGGUGACCUUGGUUCAUUCCAAGAUUCCUCUGGCUGAUGAUCAGCUCUUGCCCAGUGUAAGGCAAGGGUUGAAAGAGAUUCUACUGGGGAAAGGAGUUCAGCUUCAGUUAGGGCAGAAAGUCACUAAUCUGCGCGACCUCAUCCUGAAUGAAACGCAGCCUGACAUGAGAAUACUAACGGACAAAGGUCUGGAAAUCACUGCAGACUUGGUCAUCUGUUGUACUGGGAUAAAAGUAAACUCUUCCGCAUACUCCAGGGCGUUCCACAAUCAGCUUGCAGAGAAUGGUGCUCUGCUGGUCAAUGAGCACUUGCAGAUCAGUGGGAUGGAAAAUGUUUAUGCAAUAGGUGACUGUGCAGAUAUCAAAGAGCCUAAAAUGGCUUAUCAUGCGGGACUACACGCCGCUGUGGCUGUGGAGAACAUUGUCAGGAGUCUGAGUAAAAAGUCUCUGAAAAUCUACAAACCAGGUUCCCUCUCGAUGCUGCUGUCAAUGGGACGGGAUAAUGGAAUUGGUCAGCUGUAUGGAUACCACGUUGGGAAAUUUGUGGUUGUGCAGGCCAAAAGCAAAGAUCUGCUGGUCUGGAAAAGCUGGAAAGAAAUGGGUCAGACAGCACCUUCCUGAAGCCCAAGUUCCUGCCCACCUUUCCCUUCGACAGAGAGGAGCCUUAUUCAGCGUCUUCAGUGAGGGCUUUCAACUUGAACUGGUAAAAGAAGUAAUUGCAAUAGGUUUACAACAUUGUGUCAUAAAAUAACACACAAACCAUCACAAAUCAGUGGCUUUAUAUGUUUUGAAACCAACCAACAUGUUGUCUGUGAACAUUGUGUCAAAUGAACUUUUCAAAAUAUCAAUAAAUGAAUCUUUGAAAGACU